AUGAUCAUCCAUGUCUUUGCUGAUGAUAACACGUUUGUGAUAUUCCAAUCCCAGAUCAACACCAAUGGCUUUCUGGCAGUAGAAGAACCUAAGGUUGAGUCUGAGUACCUGGGAAAGAUGCCUGCCAGCUUCGGAAUGAUAGCGGCUUUCCUCGGAGAUCUGGACAACAGCGACGGAGUGGGGAAGGUGUACUACCGACAGGACAGCAGGCCUUCUGUGCUUCUCCGGACCACUGACCAUAUCAGCCAGGCAUUCCCUCAGGACGACGAGAUCGAGCCCACCCACGCCUUAAUCAUCACAUGGGAGAAUGUGGCGGCCCACGGCGCGCCUGGUCGAGGAGAUGGGCUGGACAGAAAGGUAAGGAGGACCCUCAUAGCUUGGCCUAGAUAGGGGUCAUUUUCAAGUCUUUUUAAAAAUGUCAUUGGAUAUAUUGAACUGUUGAUAAACUUGUUUUAAUGCCACAUUGAUAUAGAUAGCAGUUGAAAUUAUAAUUUUACACCAUCUUUUCUAUCCACCUAAUAUGAAGUUGCCUAAAACCCAUACAUUUUACAAUGUAGUUACAGGUAUGCAGGUACAGUAUAAUUAGAGUGAUGAUACUCAUGGUUACAUAGUCCUUCCAACUGUGUUACCUGUUUGCAGUUUUUGUGGUGGGCUACAUAGAUUGUUUUGUUCCAUAUUCAGUUCACUCUACCAAGCCAAACUCAAGGCCAAAGGUAGUGCACUAAAGAAGUAAGAGUUUCCCUCUUCUAUUUCUUCUUUCUACAAUGUAGAGAAACACAUUCCAGCUGGUGGUGGCGUCCAUGGCGUCCGCCUCCUACGCCAUCUUGUUCUACCCCAGGGAGGGGCUGCAGUACAUCUCCACGCCUGUGGCGGGCCAGAGCGAGCCAGUCCACGCCGGUUUCAGCCAGGGCCUGGUCCAGGGCUGGUUCAGCUGGAGCAGCAGCCAGGGGCCCUACUACCGCAUCGCCUCCGACGACGAGGCGUCCGUCAGACAGCUCUCCGAGUAUGUUGGUUGGUGGGUGGGUUGGUUGGUUGGGUUGGUUGAUUGAUUGGUUGAUUGAUUGGAUUUCUAUAGUGCGCUUCCAGAUGCUGCAAGUUCUUUACAUAGGCUUACUAAGUCAUGUUCAUAGAAAACUUGGUUAUGCUUCUGUCAUUAUGUUUUGACCUAGUAUUUGCAUAGUUACAUGGCAUUAUGAUAAUUAUGUAAUGAUUACAUAUAACCUGACAUAUGCAUAAAGCUUCUUCAUAGAGGUAGGUCUCAUAAUGAUCCAUUCUGUCUUCCGCUAGGGAGACCAACUCAGGCAGGCGUGGUGUAUGGGUGUACGAGAUCGGCACCUCCCCGUUCUUCUCCUCCAUCACCCCAGGCCAGGUCACCAACCUGUCCCCGGAGGAGGGCGUGGCAGGUGGGCAGGUGGAGCCGGUGCCAGAGUUUCCACCCAGAAACACUGGAGAACAACAGGAGAUUGAAUUCCCUCCCUAUGAGCGCGAGGAGGAAGAGGAGACACCUGAGCCGGAGCUGCCCCCAACUGUCCACACGGUCCAGUACCAGCCCAGAUACCCUGUUGUCCCUGAGCCGCCUCAGUCCAGAUACCCUGAGACGGUCCAGCCCAGAUACCCUGGGACGGUCCAGCCCAGAUACCCUGAGACGGUCCAGCCCAGAUACCCUGAGACGGUCCAGCCCAGAUACCCUGAGACGGUCCAGCCGCAGCCACCCCGCUACCAGCCCCAAACCCCACAGGUGGUGGUCGUGGACGAAGAUGAUGACCUUGAUGUUGAUGGUAAGCCAUGAAAGAAACAACAACAAUUGAAUCUGUGUCUGAAAAUUGUGGACGGAAAUAGAAUUCUAGUCAAGAUUGCCAUGAGAGAAACAUUGGUUUAGUUUAGUUUAUAAGGAUCUGCAUUAGCUACUGCACAUGCAGCAGCUACUCUUCCUGUUGUCCACAUAAAACGUCCAAAUACAUGACAAAGUACCGAACAGUUAUAGACAAGAACAACAUAAGAUAUUACAUUAAAUUCAAAAAAAGUUAUAUAUAAGAAACACACCAAGAGACAACAAAAAUACUAUUUACACACUAUUCAUAUAUACAUAUUCAUAUUUUUAUAUACAGUACAGUUAAAUUAGAUCUUUAGAAAGAGGAGAGGCGCUGUGAUAAAAUAUUUUUUUACAUCCGUUUUUUAAAGCUAAACUUGCUUUUUGCCUGAGUAAACUUUGGAGGCAGAGCAUUCCACGAUGACGUGGCUCUAUACAUAACUGAGCGAUGCAUUAAAUCUGUUUUUGGUUUGGGUACCGUGAAGAAACCCAUAGUGGUGUGUCUGGUGGGGUAUGUAUGUCUGUUUUGAAGUGUAUGCAAAUAGAUUAUACAAGUAGUUAGGCAUUUUCAACACACACGUUUCUUAAAAAGACUAGAACAGAAGUUGUCCAUUUCUCCUCAACCCUCAACCAUGAAAGACUAUCAUGCAUGUUGUUGUUAGUUCUGUGUGUGCAGUUAGGGCAAGGCGUGCUGCUUUGUUUUGAGCUGCUUUGUUUUGAGCCAUGCUGCUUUGUUUAACCGGCCUGCUAAAGUAUUUUGUAACAAACAAGAGCGCCAAUGAAAUUACACUCUUAGAAAAAAAGGGUUCCAAAAGGAUUCUUUGACUGUCCCCAUAGAAUAAUCAUUUUUGAUUCUAAUUAGAACCCUUUUUGGUUCCAGGUAGAACCCUUUUGGGUUUCAUGUAGGGUUCUUCAAAGGGUUCUCCUAUGGGGACAGCCAGAUAACCCUUUUAGGUAAUAGAUAGCACCUUUUUUUCUAAAGUUGUAUUUUUUCUAAGAAUGUGGUUUGUCUUCUUUUCGGCAGUGUUUGCGUACAAUUCUGAAACAUGCACCAGUAACAGGCAGAAGUGCUCGUCCUUCGCCGACUGUAAGGACUACACCAAUGGCUACUGCUGCCACUGUAGGCCUGGUUUCUAUGGCAACGGCAAGGAUUGUGUGGCUGAAGGUAGUAGUAACCCCAUAACCCAUAUACAUACAGUAUUUGUGUAAUAAGGGUUAGGGUUAGCUUGCUACAUUCAUUAAUGAAAUAUGUGAAAUCAAGUUUUAAAAUGAAAAAUCAAUUGAAAACCUGAUAAUUCUUGACACACAGUCACACAUCAGUUACAUUUUAAGUUACAUUAAUUAAAAUCUAAUUAAGUUAAGUUCCUCACAUUCCACACGCAGGUAAGCCCCAGCGGAUGAACGGCAAAGUGAAUGGCCGGGUGUUCGUGGGCAACUCGCCCUCGCCGCUGGAGUUUUCCAACAACGACCUGCACUCGUACGUGGUGGCCAACGAUGGCCGCGCCUACGUGGCCAUCAGCACCAUCCCGGCCGGCCUGGGACCCUCCCUGCAGCCCCUCUCUUCCCUGGGAGGGGUCAUCGGCUGGACCUUCGCUCUGGAGCAGCCCGGCUACGAGAACGGCUUCAGCGUCAUCGGUAAGAGCUGGUCACCGAUUGUUUUGCACAUUGUUGUGUCAUUAAGAGUUGUUUUAAAGUAUGAGCUGACAUUGGGUGAAUCACAAAAGUGAUUCCUCGCUUCCUUGAUUCAUAGCGUCUUUCUCAAGACUUCCUUGCCCCCGAGAAUGUCCAUGAGAAGAGAACUCUGAUCUUCUGCUAA